AUGGAUAGCGCCUUUCUUCUCCACGCCAAAUCCCUCCUAUCCGCCAAACUUCACGUUGCGGACGUCGACACUCUGACCCGCGCGAUACCGGAGAGCGUGCUCCUGGAAAGUCUGGACGUGACCUUCACAACGGUCGUCAACGACGUGCCCGUACCCGAAGAUGGAUACACCGCGAACCGCAACGACACCCCGUUCCCGCGUCUCUUAGCGCUCAAGUGCCAGUCUAGCAUCGAUGGGAACCUCUCCCAGCUCUGUCAGAUCAUAGCUGUCCCACAGCUCGUCAGCACAACGUUCACGUUCUCCCUCGCACACGUGCGGAUUGACACCGCGAACUGGUCCGACUGGUCCGAGAACGGGGUUACCUGGCCGUUGGAAGCUUGCCUCUACCGACCAGCGCUGAUGCCGGCAAACAGCAAGAUCUUGAACUACGGCCGUGACCGCCAUGCGAUGUCCAAGCGGGAUACCCUGGUCAUAACCGCGCGCGAACGCCCUGGUGGCGAAGACCCCAAGAUCAUGUUCUCUGUCGUCGGCCGACAUGAGCUUCAAAGCGACGGGUACGCCAGAGCUGAGCUUGCAUGCGGUAUGCACCUUCACGUGGUGAAAGUCAAAUCCGACAUCGCGCCCAAGGUCCGUGACACCGUGUCGCCACUCAGUGCGGUGCACGCGGUGUCUCUCUUCGCAGACAGCAAGAUAAGGAAGGUUCACCUGCGCUGCCUCAAGAGUUCCGAGGCGAAGAAGUUCCCCAGUCCGACGGUACCCGACUUGCCACUCGACCCCACGGCUCUCCGCGACGAGCGCGACGUCAAGCAGCUAUGCAGUGAUCUGCGGCGCAUGCUCAACGUCGAAUACUUUAUGGCCGACAUUGAUAACCUUGGCGACAGCGAGCAUGAAGAGAUUGGGUUCCUCAAGGCGCUUCUGAAGAGCAACACCGAGGAGCGCGACACCGGCGUCGACGUGACAAUGCCGAAGCUCGCUUGCAUCGCUGUGCGAGUCACCGCAUCACACCUCUCCGGCCAGUUCUGGAACGAUCUUCUGUCACUGGCCCGUGUGCGUAGCGAUCUGGCUGGUGCGGGCAGAUGCAAAGGGAUGCGCAUUACGAUCUCCUCGCAUUGGGUUUCGAAGGUUGAAAAUGUGACAUUCGGGAAUGACCGCUACUUAGCUGACCUGGGCUCUGCCGCGAACGUUGUCAUUGAGCACAUCUAG